UCCCCUUCCCACCAAAACCAAAGCUUGUAACCAUUAUUUGAUCCCUCACCAUGGCCCAUGCAGAGCUUCUCUCCCCUUCGAUUCCAAUGCCUUGAACUGAACCGGAACCGCCGCAGACAAGCGGAGGGGAGGCAUCGAAUCCCCAAUCAUAUGCAACAGCCAGACAGCUCAUGCGUGCUGCUCCCAAUCUGCAUCCGGCCAAGGAAGGACACCCAUGAUAUGACCCUCCCCCACACCCCGUAUAGGCAGUCCAUCACCUUUGUCUGUCUUCCUCCGCCCGUCCUUCACCCCGUGCCAUCGUCUCUGCUCUGCACAGACAGCUGUGGAUUGGCGCACAAGGGUUGAGUUGAGGUUGAGCGAUCCUACUGUUCUGUUACAAGCAGAUCAGAGAUCACGCUAGCGCUCGUCGUUCCGACUAUCCCCUCCAUGCACAGCGUUCUGCGUUCUCGUGAUAGCUUUUGGUGUCGUCCGAUCCUACUUGGAUUGGAAGCUGCUGUUGUGUUCUGCAUUGCUCUGAAAUUUUGUCAUACAUGUAGUUUGGCCUAACUUGGCGAAGAGUUCCAUGCAGGUUUCUUUUUUUCCCCCUUGGAUGUCUUGCUGAUUUUUUUACUGUUACUUUGAACUCGUUUGUACCUGUGCUGGUCCUGCUGUGAUCUCCAGUUCCUACUAUAUCUUUGCUUUGUUGGUACUGUAAUCUUUUGCAGGAGUACGUCUCCUCGGUUCCUUCAAUCUCGUACUUCCUGGCAUUCCGGUUGGUUUAGUAAUCGUAUUUUGCUGCAUUUCGAGGCGUAUCUAUGUACUAUCUCUGAAUUUCCCUCGGUAUAAUCCAUCAUAGCUUCCCCUGUUCAAAGGAGAGACGACAGAGAUAGAUCCUCCGGUUCCUCUUUGCAUGCUUCUUAUUCCUUCCACCACCAAAGCUGCUGCAUCCAUCCUAGUCACUGCUAGCUCUUUCAGCUUUUCCUUUCCCCGCUUUGAUCAGUUGGAAUGUGAUGGCACUGUUCAUCUGAAUCCUGCAUCCUGAUCCCAUCGAAUAGAAGAACUAGCAGGGCGGGCCUCAUUGGCGUUGCUGCUGUCGCUGUUGAGCAAAAGCAGGCCCAAAUCCCGACGCGAAUCCGAGAACAUGAUUAGCCUCGCAUCCUUGGUGCUUUCUUUCCCUUGCUGUUUAUCUUCAGGUUGAUUCUUGUUCAUGGUCCUUGAUCUUUGAUACGGAAAAGCAUUUCAUUUACUCAUUCGUUGUUGUAAGCGGCGAUGUUGGUCGUGGCAAGAAGAAGCCAUCGUCUUUACCGUCUGGUGUCUGAAUCCAGGACUGCGAUGCUGACGGAAGCCGCCGCUGAGCUGACCGCCGUGACAGAAAGAGCUUCCACCGCCGCCACCAAGAUCCGCAAGCGCUGCGUCGUGUCGCCGUCGGGCGCGUCGCCGGACCGCCAGGGGAGGGCGCUCAGGCUGAAGCGAGGCGUGCGCCUGAUCGGUCACCGGAGGGGAGGCAGCGGCACCGGCACCGGCACCGGCGGCGCGUCGCCACGCGCGAGCAGCGGGAGGAAGAGGAGGAUGUCGGAGUCGUCGUGGAACCGGCAUUGCCGCCACGGCCACGCCGACGUCGAGACGCGGUCCGCGGCGUCGGCGCGGAAGCUCGUCAGCGCGCUCUGGCAGCUCAACAAGGGGGACGCCGCGUUCGAGGAGGAGAUUGGGUGGGACGCCGCGGCCGAGCGCCGGGGCUCGGAUCACCGGCGCAGCGCGUCCCUGGAGUUCUCCAAGAUUUCAAGAAGGAAGAGCAAGGUUCUGAAGGAUGAUGGAGAGCAGAGGAGCUGGCACAAUGGCCACGCCCACGGCCAGUGGUUCUCAGAUGUGAUGAGCCAUGGCGGCACAAUGGAGGCGCACAUGUGUCCUCAGGGCCGCACCCCGGCACGCCCGGGCGACAGGGCGGCGGAGAUGCGGGACCUGCACAACAGUCUCACGGCGUCCACCGAGCUCGUCAGGGUCCUUGCCAACGUCCUGGGCCCCGCCGGCGCGCUCAGCCCGACCGCGGCGUCCGUCCUCGCCGCGCUGCGCUCCGAGCUCGACGCCGCGCGCGCCCGCGCCCGGCGGCUCGCGAGGCACCACGGCCGCCACGGCGGAGGCGACGAUGAGGAGCACCACCUGCGGAGGCAGCUCGAGGAGGAGGCGCGCGCGUGGAAGGCCAGGCACAGGGAGAAGGCCGCGGCGGCCGCGCGGCUGGUCGCCUCGGAGCUGGACGGCGAGCGCCGGUCGCGGCGGCGCGCCGAGCGGGUGGCAAGAAGCUCGCCGAUGCGCUGGCGGACGCCGAGGGGUCGCUGCGGGCGGCCACGCGGGAGCUGGAGCGGGAGAGGGCGGCCAGGGAGCGGCUGCAGAAGGUGUGCGACGAGCUCGCCAGGGGCGGCACGGCGGUGGAGGAGGAGGAUGAGCUCCGGCGGGAGGCCGAGGCCGCCGCGCUGGAGGAGCUGGAGAGGGAGCGGGAGAUGCUGCAGCUCGCCGACGAGCUCCGCGAGGAGCGGGUCCGGAUGAAGCUGGCCGAGGCGAGGAUCCAGUUCGAGGAGAAGAACGCCGCCGUCGACCGCCUGCGCCAGGAGCUCGAGGCCUUCUUGGGCACCAACAGCACCAACGACCGCCAAGAAUCGCCUGUCCACGACGAGCACCGCCAUGCCGUCGACGAUCACCGGUCGUUGCAGCUGGUUCUUGCGUCCGAAUUCGGCGUCGACGGCAUCGAUCGUGUGAUCACGGACAAGACCG